GUCCAGAAGCAGCCAUGCAAAGUUUACAGUUGGCUCGCCAACACGCAUCAAGUGAACAUGAACGUCUAGUUUAUGAGGGAUGGAUCUUAUAUGAUAUGGGUCAUUGUGAGGAAGGGCUACGGAAAGCAGAGGACUCUAUAAGUCUUAUGAGAUCUUUUGAGGCCUUCUUUUUGAAAGCCUAUGCAUUGGCAGAUUCUAGCCAUGAUUUAUCUUGUUCUUCUACUGUCAUAUCACUUCUUCAAGAUGCCUUGAAGUGCCCCUCAGAUCGGCUUCGAAAGGGUCAGGCUCUGAACAAUCUUGGAAGUGUUUAUGUUGACUGUGGGAAACUAGACUUGGCAGCUGAUUGCUACAUCGAUGCCCUUAAAAUCCGGCACACCCGAGCCCACCAGGGUCUUGCUCGGGUCCACUUUCUCAGAAACAAUAAAACCGCUGCAUAUGAGGAAAUGACUAAACUGAUUGAGAAGGCUCGGAACAAUGUGUCUGCCCAUGAGAAAAGGUCAGAAUACAAUGAACGUGAACUCACAAAGGCUGAUCUAGAGAUGGUCACUCAUUUAGAUCCCCUCCGCGUCUAUCCUUACAGAUAUCGGGCUGCAGUGUUGAUGGACAACCACAAGGAAAAAAAAGCGAUAGCGGAAUUGUCAAGAGGGAUUGCAUUCAAAGUGGACCUCAACCUGCUACACUUGAGGGCAGCAUUUCACGAGCAUAUCGGUGAUGUUAUGGGUGCCUUGCGAGACUAUCGAGUUGUUGUCUCUGUUGACCCAAGCCAUGAGAUGCUGGAACUUCACAGCAGUCGAGAGCCAUGA